AUUAAGCCAAAGCAAAGCAAGAAGCUGCGAGGCGAGUGUGAGCCUGCCUGGGGCCUGGCCAAAGUGAGGGACACCAGAGACAGGACGUCCGUCUCCGCCGUUCACGUCAAUCCACCAUUCCUCCCGGCUCCCGCUGGGGCCGUAGCGCGCGCGCACACCGCGAUGCACACGCCGUUCGUGGACAAGAGCCCCCGCCGCCGGGACAGCGCCGGCGGCCGCCUGAAGCAGCGGCUCGCGCAGAUCCUCACGCGCUCCUCCUGCACCACCAACACCACGUCCGCCGGCGCCGGCGCCUGCGCCAGCGCCACCGCGGGAACGGCCUUCGUGAGCCUCGCCCGGGCCGGCGCCGACUCCUCCCCCCGCCAGCAGGAAGCGCCGCCCUCCCCGUACUUCUGCACCCCCUGCACCUACGAGCGGCCCACGGCCGAGGGCCUCCUCCCGCGCCGCAGCCGCCGCCGCACCCGGAGCGCGUCGCUCGUCCACAUAUCCGUGGACUGCACCGGCGGCAACGCGGCCGCCUCUGGCCGGCGCUCGUUCCACUCCGACGCGCCGCUGCUGCAGCGCUUGUCGGUGCCGGCGAGGGACGUCGUCGGGAAGCGGGGCAAGGGCGGCGCCGGGGGCAAGCCCGCGGCGCGGUCCCCGUCGGCGUCGCGUCGGCACCUGUCGUCGUCGUCCUCGUCCUGGGGCCGCGCGCGGCGGCCCCGGAGCACGCCCGCGCCGUACAGCUGGUCGCCCUCCUCCGCCUCCUCCGCGACGGACGACGAGGUCGCGCCGUUCAGCAGCUGCGACGGGGAGGCGGGCGGCGAGGAGGCCGAGACGAGGACGCUCUUCUCGUCCCUCAGCCUCUCGUCGGACUCCUCCGAGUUCUACCGCAGCAGCACGAGGAAGAGCCACAGGAGCACGACGGCUCGCCGCGCGCCGCGCCGCGCGCCGCCAAGAAGUACCGGCGAGGCAGCCCCAGCCGACGGCGCCUUCCGGCCGCUGGUGUCGGUGGAGACGAGGAAGCACAGGGGGUUCGACGGGAGGAAGAAGAAGGGAGAGGAGGGGGUGAGCGUCAAGAAGCCGAUGGGCGCCGCGGCGGAGGAGACGAAGACAACCGGCGGCGCGGGCAUGGCGGUGGUGAAGCGCUCGAGCAACCCGUACCUGGACUUCCGUAGCUCGAUGGUGGAGAUGGUGGUGGAGCGGCGCAUCGGCAGCGUGGGGCGGAUGGAGGAGCUCCUGGGGUCGUACCUCUCGCUCAACUCCCCGCGCCACCACCCGGCCAUCCUCGCCGCCUUCGAGGACGUCUGGGAGGCCGUCUUCGGCGAGGAGUGACCAUACGGAUGGCCGAUCUACACCGGGACGAUCGUUUAGUUCCGUGGAGACGCUGGGAAUGGAUCGAUCGGCGACGUGUUGAUGCGCAGCUUGGUCGUGGUGUUGUAUCUACUAGUAUGAUGUACUACGUGCCAAUGCAUAAAUUGGCAUGAUCGUGCCAUCGGAAUGCUGCGGUGCUCAUGUAAUGAAUUAGCUAAAUGAUGAUAAUCGAGCGCCUUGGUUUCUUUUACUUCCA